UUUUCUCCUCUGAUUAGUUACACAGGUCCUUACCAUCUUGCAAACAGUUAAAUACACGCCAAACCAUUAACUGAUAAGACCUCAAACUUAAAAACUGUUCUUUGUUGAAUCUUGAUCAUUCUUUGAGAAGUUAACCUCUCCUACCAUGAACCCAAUGAUGAUCGAACCUGCAAACAUUAGUUCUUCGUCAUCCUUCAAUAUCAACCCCAAAAUUGUUGAAGAAAGAAUGGGUCCCUACCACAUUCGUGUGAUAAAUGAACAAGUGGUGAAGCCCAAUCCCAGAGAUACAUUGAGAUUCGAUGUGACUGUUACCCUUCGACAAUUUUCAAUUUAUGACUGGCGUCUGCGUCUCAUAAGAACCUCAACCUUGUUGGAAACUUCAACAUCCAUAAGCUUCCAAAGCUUGUUUGAAGAUAAUCAAGAUUUUUUACUAUCAGUGUUAUCCAACCCAGAAUGUUCUCACUACUUCAUCCCAAGAAGCUUUGAUCAAAUAUCACGGAAUAUUGUUUCCGUUGUUCAACGAGCCUUGGAGGUUCAGAGCUCCCCUUCUUCGGCUGAGUCUGCAGAUUUCGAAUGCGAAGGGUUCCCUUUGACUUUAGAUAUUUUCGUGGACACGCUGGAAAAAGUAGAUGAAGGAAGGCUUGCACUAAUAGAAGAGGAGUCCAUACAGCAAGAGGUCGCAAUGAUUCCAGCCUCCAAUGAAGCCAUACACUCCCUGCAAGCGUUCACAGAUCCACUCUUCCUCAAGACUGAAAAGUGUAAUAUUUGCAUGGAUGAGUUUUAUGCUCAAGAGGGUAAUGAAGAUGAUGUCAAGUUAUUGUCUUCUUCGUCAAUGCCAUGCGGUCAUGUGUUUCAUCAUCAAUGCAUCGUGAAGUGGCUGCAAACCAGUCACACGUGUCCCUUGUGUCGCUACCCUAUGCCCUCUGUCCACGACUAGCUCAUCUUUUAUUAUGUUUAUAAAUCUUAUCUUUAUCUUAUGUUGAAUAUUGUGUGGUUGAUGACUGUGUUAGAAUUCGAUAUCGUUCGAAGACAUGUGAUAACAUUGUUCUAACUUUGUUUAAUUUCUUU